UCCCCGCGGAGCUCACAUCCGUCUCCGCGCAAGAGGAGCGCACAGACACGCACUUGACGGGCAUCUUUCCACUCUUAAUCAUGUUGUUGUGGGUUUUAGUGGCACAGAUUUGGGGCUUAAACUUCACUGAGAUGGAGUGAGCGGCGUGCGUCAUUUUCAUCGGAAACGGCGCAGGAAUCAGAGAGCAGCGUGACGCCGUGGAGUCCCACCGGGAUCUGAGGGCGAGGAAUUCGGCAUCCCGACAGUGUGGAAGAACCCUGACACUGAUUCCCCGCAGUCAUGAAGGGACCAGCUGUUUGAUCGCACGUGGCCUGGGCCAUCACAGCCGCUGCUUUUUUGCUGCUUCUGAUUGGAUGUCGCUUCACUUCUUCGGAUCCCAUCCAGCGUCCUCUGGUUUAAAUUUCCUUCUCGCUUCUCGAAGAUGAGAUUCUGCCUCAAUCAUGACAUCAUUUUGCAGAAAAUGUUUUCUGAGGAGUUGACCGUGAAAGCCGUUGGAGCCUUUUGGAAACGUUAAAGGGGAUAUUUGCUGCAAAUUUAGUCUCUCCUUCAAUGAGUGACACCUGCAUAUCUUGAAAACAGAAACCAGGAUUGAGGAACCCAUAACAUUUAGUGUUCAUACUAGUAACAAUACAUGUAACUGAAACGUUUACAUGCAAUUUAGUUUAAAACUUAUUUUUUUGUGGAUUUGGUGCCUCUGGUUCAUGUAAAUCACAGACCUAUACACGCUUGUCUUUAAAUGACUCAUUUUUAUUUUAAAAACACACUGAGGAUGCUGCUUUUUAAAGAUGUAAAGACUCUCGACAUAACGAGACCAGCGUUCAGACAUGAGACCGUCACUGAAAUUCCUUUUUUUUCACUUUGAUUUUGUUAAAGUGUCCUUUUUAAAUUCGGAUUUUUGUAAAAACCAGACUUAUUACCCAAAAUAUCCUGUGAUUUCAGCCAGCAGGUUCACUAAGUAUUUGACACAAGCAGCCUUUUAACCCUGCGUGUACUCAGCCAGUUGGCAGUUUUAUUAAUCCACAAGUUAAAAAGAAAUCUUCUGAGACAGAUCAUACGUGGACGUCCAAAAGAAAGCAGAAGCUCCUCCCGUCCUUCUUUCCUGCCUUAGGGGCCAAACACGCUGCUCAUCCCAUCACCGCCAUGGUGAUGUCACAGGGCACCUACACCUUCCUGGCCUGUUUCGCUGGGUUCUGGUUGGUCUGGGCCUUCAUCGUCAUGCUCUGCUGCUUCUGCAGCUUCCUCCAGCGCAGAUUAAAGCGCCACCGCGAAGAGCGGCGAAGAGAGCAGUGUCUGCGGACUGUGGAGACGGAGCCGCUGAGCUGCCACCACGCCGGAUACCCACCCGUGCUUCCGGCUCCACCUCCGCUGCCUCCGCUGCUCCAACGGGAGCCCCCCCAGUUGUGCUCUCCUCAAACGCUGUCAUCGCCGCCUCUUCCUCUGCCCGUUCCUCAUCCCCUGCCUCAAGCAACCUGGGUCAGCAUGCCAGACACUGAUGUAUUUGGAAAGCCACCCUGCUACGAGGAGGCAGUCCUGAUGGAGGAUCCUCCUCCGCCCUACAGCGAGGUGUUGGCCGACCCGCGAGGAGGAACCUACCUUAAGCCGGCCCUGCCCAGAGCCGCACCGCCGCCGCCUUUGAGGGAGAACCGUGAGCCGGUCCAGGUGUUCACCUCUCAGACCAUCAAGCCUUCUGCAGCGGCUGUAUUCCCCGAUCGGGGUUAUUCCUCACUCAUUCGCCUGCCUUCUUCUCAGCGCUGGGACUCCUUGGGUCAUCUCUUGUCAAACAUGGAUUUAAACCACAACAACCUCACGCCACCGGGAGCCCGCUCCCUUCAGGCUGCUGCCGCCAUGGCCACCAUGCCCCGCAGAGAGCUCAGGACUCAUCACGACGGACUUGGGCUCAGGGCUGGAAUGCAAGGACUUCCAGGAGGAAUGCAUGGGUUUCAGGGAGGGUUUCAAGAGCCAUUUCAGGGAGUCCACAGACUUAGGGGUUUGGAGCCCAGCUGCGGCAUGCCGACAGCCUUCCCUCUGCUGGGUCGGAGCACCGCCGUUUAGACCUGGAUCCUGACAGAGAGAACCUAUCCAAACCAGAAAUUUGUGAAAGCCGAUGAGCCUUUGAGCUCAAAAUCUUCAAAGACAGACUUUCUGUCGUAUUGCUCAGAGUUUACUGCAGCAGUGAUGCUACAAAAGAGACGUUUUAAGAACCAAAGGAGUUACAAGCGUCUGCAAAAGCAUCAGGAGUUCAGUUCCAUAUGCAGCUUUGUUGAUCGAAGUUGCAACUUAGUCUGCUGGGAUCAUUUCUGAGACAUUUGAAAAUUAGACUAAAAUCUGUGUAAAACGGACAAAACUCUUGUCAUAUAGAGCUGUAAUGAGUCCGAGACUGUUUGAACAGCAGAGGAGAGAAGCCUAAAUGAGGGGAGGAUGGGAAACAAAUGAGCCGAAAGCACAUCUUACUCUCCCCUACGACUUUAUUUUCAUCUCUACCUCCCUUUGCAUUCAUCCCUGAUCUCCUCCCCUCUCUCUCUGUGCCUGAGAAACCUAUUGUACCAGCCUGCUGUUGCCAUAGCACCGGCGAACUGUCUGUUGCUGACGACCUCUCCUCCUUUAUCUGCUCUUAUUUUUUAAGCGCUCUGCUCGCAGCUUGCAUGCUCUCAAGGAUUGUGAGCACUGGUAGUUACAAAAGAGUACAUGGCAACCUUCGGCGGGACUCUGCCGUCAUGGUUAUGACACCGAGCAGAAGGACAGCUCUCUCAAUUGCUGCCAAGACAGGUCUAAAGGUAGAAACCAUGUCCAUGGGUUAUGUGUCAUAACUCGCUGCUUUUGUCACUUUAGGUGUCAUCUUCAAUGUUGGUAGGGCUGAUUUUGUCGUCAGAGGAUGACAACGGUUGUGUCUGAUUAGAAAAAGAUUUUUUUACCUACAAACUUAACA